AUGGCGGCUCCCCGGGCCUCAUGUUGGCUGCUGGUGGUUGUGGGGCCCUUCCGGCCGCUGGCUGCUACGGGGAGAGGGGCCCGGCCGCCCAGGGAGGGUGUAAUGGCAGCGUCCCUGCGCCGCAGCCUGAGCGUCGCCGCCUUCACACCUCUCCUUGGAGCUCGGGUCCCGCGGGUGCUGCUGACAUUGAGAAGUGGUGUUAGAUUUCCAGGAGUUAAAUGUUACCCCUUUGUUUCUUCUGCCUCCUUCCACAAGAGCAGCCCUUUGGCCAAAGAGGAUUAUUACCAGAUACUGGGAGUGCCCCGAAAUGCCAGCCAGAAGGAGAUCAAGAAAGCUUAUUACCAGCUUGCCAAGAAAUACCACCCAGACACAAAUAAGGAUGAUCCCAAAGCCAAGGAGAAGUUCUCUCAGCUGGCGGAAGCAUACGAGGUACUAAGUGAUGAAGUGAAGAGGAAGCAGUAUGAUGCUUAUGGCUCGGCUGGCUUUGACACUGGUACCAGCAGCUCUGGGCAGAGCUACUGGAGGGGAGGCCCCACGGUUGACCCUGAAGAGUUGUUCAGGAAGAUCUUUGGAGAGUUCUCAUCAUCAUCAUUUGGGGAUUUCCAGGGUGUGUUUGAUCAACCUCAGGAGUACAUCAUGGACUUGACCUUCAACCAAGCUGCAAAGGGUGUCAACAAGGAGUUUGUGGUGAAUAUCACUGACACCUGUGCGCGAUGUGAUGGCAAAGGGAACGAGCCUGGCAGCAAGGUGCAACACUGCCACUACUGUGGUGGCUCUGGCAUGGAAACCAUUAACACAGGCCCCUUUGUGAUGCGUUCCACCUGCCGGAGGUGCGGCGGCCGAGGCUCCAUCAUCAUCACACCGUGCAUAGUCUGUAGAGGGGCAGGGCAGGCCAAGCAGAGGAAGAAGGUGGUUAUUCCAGUGCCUGCUGGAGUGGAGGACGGCCAGACUGUGAGGAUGCCCGUAGGAAAGAGAGAGAUUUUUGUCACCUUCAGGGUGCAGAAGAGCCCAGUCUUUAGGAGGGACGGUGCAGACAUCCACUCGGACCUCUUCAUCUCUGUAGCUCAGGCCAUCCUUGGCGGGACAGCCCGUGCCCAGGGCCUCUACGAGACUAUCAACGUGACAAUUCCCCCUGGGACUCAGACAGAUCAGAAGAUUCGAAUGGGUGGGAAAGGCAUCCCCCGGAUUAACAGCUAUGGCUAUGGUGACCACUACAUCCACAUCAAGAUCAGAAUCCCAAAGAGACUGACAAGCCGGCAGCAGAGCCUGAUCCUGAGCUAUGCAGAAGAUGAGACGGAAGUGGACGGGACGGUGAAUGGCGUCAGCCACACCAGCACAGGUGGCAGUGCCGCGGAUAGCUCUGCAGGAGGCGAGGCUAGGCGCGAGGCAGGGGAGGACAAAGAGGGAUUCCUUUCCAAACUUAAGAAAAUGCUUACCUCCUGA